AGAAUCAAACAAAAGAAAAUGACCUUUAAUUAUCUGCAAAAACUAAAUUUAAUUUUGUACCUGCUGUACUCAGAGGUUACAGCAGAUUCACACACUUUUUCAAACUUAUGUCUUAGACCUUCCAACAAUGGACGCGGGAAACUAGAGAGUUCUUCAAGAUGCACGGUGAUAUAUCCUGUCAAAACAGAGACUGCUUCGGAUGCAGAGGACUAUUGCUAUAGAUCUCUUCCAUACGCUGUAUCACACAUCGAACAUGGAGAUACCACAAAAUGUGUUUACGAGAGGGGCUUUUUCUGCGAGGAUAAUGAAGAAGAAAUAUUCGACAAGUGCUUUAUAACUCAUAGUGAACUCGGAGAAUAUUUUGGUUAUAACUACUGUCCAAAGAGGUACUUGUUACACAAUGCCACGAGCCUCGAAGAGCUGAAAUGGAUUUCCCUUGUCUUCAAAAAAGAAGAGUUAGCAUGGAUUGGCAAUUCCGGCGAAAACGCCAAAUUCUUGAAACCUAAAAUAACACCGAAUUUGGCAAGAAGAAAGCUUGGGAAGAAGUCUGGACCACUUUUUGUGCGUCUUAUCGUUGGUGCAAGAGAUGGUACAAUACGUGGUCGGGCAUAUUAUGGAACCAUAAUGAUGCAGAUGCCAUAUAUCUGCUCUAGAAAGGCCGAUGCUUAUGAAGAGACUCAUGUGGAAGACCAUGAACUAAUGUCUAUGUUGGGCUUUCGAUCAAAAGCAGGUGCGAGUAAAAGUGGUCAUAAACGAGCGUUCGUUAUGUUUGGUCACAAACACGCCGUGGAAGCUACCCAGUUUGAAGCUAAUUUCAAGAAGCUUCAUCAAGGCUGCUACGCUCUUCUUCAUGGUUUCGUUGCCUCACGACUCGACUUCAUAGACCAACGGGAGUACGAAAAAGUUUUGAUGGAGGGGAAUGGAAUGCUGAUUCGAGCUCCACUAGGACGAAACCGAGCUUUCACACUGAAAAAUAGUGGGAAAUGCGUGAAGGAGCGCUUCUUCGAAAAGCAUAGAAAGAAGUGGAAUUACGUCAACAACAAGGGGAAAUCUUUUGAAGUUCCCAGCGCAGAGUGGAGGUCUUCUUAUCCGGACAACAUGUGCGCCGAUUUGCCACGCAUCACAGCAGCCAUGCAUGAAUCAGGUUACAUGGACAUUCCAGCAUUUGCACGCCGACCCAUCAUAUGCAUGUCAGGUGCAGAGCCACACAAAAGAAAUCUUAAAAGGGGAGAAUCAUGCAAUAGAGCUGCUAGAUACAAUAAAAAGAAGAAGCGAUGUGAAUGUAUUCAACCAGAUUCUGAUGGCACAAUAGUAAAUCCUGAGAAGUAUGGCCACUACCCUCCUGGUUUUAUCUGCUUGAGUUGUUCAGAAUCCAAGGAAAAGAGAUCGAUCGUCUUCAUUCUUGACAGGUCGGGCACUGUAAGGGAGGAAGGAUGGGCAAAGCAAUUGGAAGUCAUGGCUCAAGUUGCCAAUAAUAUAAAAGGCUCCAAAACAGGGAUAGUCAUGGUGGUCGACGAGCCUUAUGUCGCUCUUGAGCUAGGUGUUUGGAAAAAGAAGGACUAUCGCCUCUUCAUUGGAACCGAACGUCAAUUUCUAGCGGAGUGGACUGUUGUUGGCCGCGCCAUGUACUUAGCAAGAGAAAUUCUAAAGGAGGAGAAAGGAAGACGUAAAUUUAUGAUUAUCCUCUCUGAUGGUGAUCCAGAUCAGUGUCAUGAAGGAGAAGGACAUUUCGAUUGCACAGCGAUUUGGGAGCAUAUGAGAAAUCACAACCAAUUUGAUGAAGCGGAGAAGGCUCGCAAAGAGGGCAUUACUAUUCUGUACUCGCCAGUUGGACCCGAUAUUGACCCAACAUCGAAUAGCUACCAACCAGGAAACAUGCUGAAUAUAGAAAGAAUUGCUGGACAGAAAAAGAACAUAAUCAAGGACUUCAACAAAGGUUUAUUAGAAGAUGCAGUAAAGGUGUUGUGCGAGGAGAUUGUUUGA